UGUAAACCUGCCGAGGGACACAGAAACGGGGUGUUCGCCUCCGUGCUGCCCAGACCAGCCCCGGCUACGGCCGGACACGGCCGCGCUUCAGCCGCGGGGCACACGGGAGGGCACGGGAAGGACUCACGGGAUGUUGAACAGCAGCUCCUCGUCAUCGUCGCUCUCUACGAACUGGAGAGAGAGGAGCAGGUCAGGGCCGGCCCCAGCGCCAGAAGGCGGACAGAGCUGGGUGAAGGUGCUGGGCACUUCAGGAGCCCGAACUGGGGCUGGAUCCGUGUCCUGGGGGUGCUGCGGGGGCCCUGGGAGCAGCAGGAACACACGGCUGAGCUUUGCCGUCCCCCCCCGGGGCAGCUCAGGGGACAGCUGCUGCAACCCGCUGAGCAUGGGCUACAUCAAAAAAAUAGUGGAGCAGAAAAUCCCAGGGAUUUACGUCCUGUCUCUCAAGAUUGGAAACAACCUGAUCCAGGAUGUGGAGAACAGCUUCUUCCUGAACGUGAAUGCCCAGGUGGGGCAGGUGUGCAGGCAGCUCAGCGCCGACCCGCGCCUGCAGGGAGGCUACAACGCCAUGGGCUUCUCCCAGGGGGGGCAGUUCCUGAGGGCAGUGGCCCAGAGGUGUCCUUCUCCUCCAAUGCUCAACCUGAUCUCUGUUGGGGGACAGCACCAAGGAGUCUACGGCUUCCCCCGCUGCCCCGGGGAGAGCUCCCACCUCUGUGACUGGAUCCGGAAGACACUGGAUCUGGGGGCCUACACACCAGCUGUUCAAGAGCACUUGGUCCAAGCAGAGUAUUGGCACGACCCUCUGAAGGAGGAGGAAUACAGGAAAAACAGCAUCUUUCUGGCUGACAUAAACCAGGAGAGGGGCAUCAAUGAGACCUACAAGAAAAACCUGAUGGCUCUGAAAAAGUUUGUGAUGGUGAAAUUCCUCAAUGAUACCAUGGUCGACCCACCCAUUUCUGAGUGGUUUGGGUUUUAUAAAAGUGGCCAAGCCAAGGAGACCAUCCCACUGAGGGAAACCUCACUGUACACAGAGGAUCGCCUGGGGCUGCAGGAGAUGGACAAAGCAGGAAAACUGGUGUUCCUGGGGGUGGAAGGGGAUCACCUGCACUUCUCAGAAGAGUGGUUUGACACCACUAUCCUCCCCUUCCUCCAGUGAGGCUGAGGGGAGGCCCCCAGAGCAGCGGGGAGGGUCUGUCACUGAUGCUGCUACUUGUGCAACAGCACUUUGGGCAGGGGACUGGGGGGGACUGGGGAAGGUCCACAGGGUGCAGAGCUGCAGUGAGAGACUUACCUGGGUGAAAUAACACUCCAGUGUGGGCUGAGCUUGGCACUAACUCUGGAAUGCUCCAUCCUGCUAAAGCUACUGCAGUUCUCAGAGUGGUGGCACCACCACGAGCUGGGGGGGGGGGGGAAGGGGAGGUUGGUUUUCCCUGUCCCCUGUUCCUCACAGGACACAAUGGCAGUAUUAACAGAAAUCACUAGUGUAAAGCUGCAUCUCUUAGGGAGAGCAGCAAGUAGACUUAGGUGGCUGAAUGCAAAGGUAUUGCAGCCAGGUAAGGGGGGAAAAAAGGGCCAAAUGUAGAGGUUUCUGGGGAAAAAGGAGGGUUUGGGAUGAAGCAGGUAUUAACAGCUUGAACAGUGUUCAACUAAUGGCUUGUUUGAUGCACUUUUGUACAGCCUUUGAAAUCAAUAAAGAACUGUACCUCUAACCAACUGAAAAAAAAAAAACAACAGGUGAGAUUUGACAACUACUGAGGGUUUGAUUCAAGGGGAGUUGAGGAAAGUUUGUGCUUCCCUAAGGGGAAAUCCUCACAGCAGGGUCAGGCAGCAAGAAGCACCUCAUCCUGUCCCAGGUCCCGGGUGCCCCCAAAGAAUAAAACAAGAGCCCUUGUAAUGAGCAAGUUGGCAUUAACUUUAUUCUAAUCUUCUGUAUACUCUUAAGUACAUAAGAAAGGUUUUUUUUUUCACAAGCCUCAGGAGAAAACGAGUACAAGUCACAGGACAGUCUCAAAAUUUAAAAAAAAAAAAUUGCA